UCCUCUCUCAGUUAUAUUUUCUUUUCUCUAUUUUCUCUCUUUAACAAUCCCUUCAUCCCAAACCAAUUAACUGAUAACAAACCCUAGAAAGAGGAAGAGAAAAGGGGAGGAAUUUCUUCCAACAAACCAAAAGAGGAAAUCUAGAAAGAGAGGAACUCCAGGCACAUGCAUCUCCUAGAGGCUACUUGUUCAAUUAGAAAAUACUGACAAUUUGUAUUUGAAGAAAAAGAUCGAGGAUGCGUCGUUGGCUUUGCUGUUCCUGUCAGGCAGACGAGAGUUACCAACCACAUGAAAACGAGCACCUGAAAGCCCACAAGGAUCAUACAGAUGGGUAUAAUAGAAACUCAAAGGUUCCAGCCCCUAUCAAACCUGAAGUGCAGAAAUCACCGCCACCUAUCGAAGUUCCUGCAUUAUCAUUGGAAGAAUUGAAAGAAAAAACCGAUAGUUUCGGAUCAAAGGCUUUGAUCGGUGAGGGUUCCUACGGAAGAGUUUAUUAUGCCAACUUGGACAAUGGAAGAGCUGUGGCUGUUAAAAAGCUCGAUGUUUCCUCCGAGUCUGAAUCAAAUGUGGAGUUUUUGACCCAGGUUUCCAUGGUUUCAAAACUGAAGCAUGACAAUUUUGUCGAGUUGCAAGGUUACUGUGUUGAAGGAAAUCACCGUGUGCUUGCCUACGAGUUUGCAACAAUGGGUUCACUACAUGACAUAUUGCAUGGAAGGAAGGGAGUUCAAGGGGCACAACCAGGUCCAGUUCUUGACUGGAUGCAGAGGGUAAGAAUUGCAGUUGAUGCGGCAAGGGGCUUGGAGUACUUGCACGAGAAGGUUCAACCCUCGAUUAUCCACAGAGAUAUCAGAUCUAGCAACGUGCUUCUUUUUGAAGACUUCAAAGCGAAGAUUGCAGAUUUUAACCUCUCAAACCAGGCUCCUGACAUGGCUGCUCGUCUUCAUUCUACUCGAGUUUUGGGAACCUUUGGCUACCAUGCGCCAGAGUAUGCAAUGACUGGUCAGUUGACGCAAAAGAGUGAUGUUUACAGCUUUGGGGUUGUCCUUCUAGAACUUCUUACAGGGAGGAAACCCGUUGACAACACGAUGCCUCGUGGACAGCAAAGUCUUGUUACCUGGGCUACUCCAAGACUGAGCGAAGAUAAAGUUAAACAAUGUGUAGAUCCAAAACUGAAGGGAGAGUAUCCUCCUAAAGCCGUUGCCAAGUUGGCAGCUGUGGCAGCAUUGUGUGUGCAGUAUGAAGCCGAGUUCCGUCCAAACAUGAGCAUCAUGGUCAAGGCUCUCCAACCACUGUUGAAGGCUCCAGCAGCAGCAGUAACGGCACCUGAGACUUAAAGAGACCCAGGUUUCUUCACCAAUUAUCGAAAUUUCCACAACCCGUGAAUGGUUUGGUUUCAUAAUCAAAUACAGAUUUUAAUCUGAUCACUAAAUAUUAAUUAUAUAUACAUUUUCAUAUUCCUUCAUAUAUGACAUCUUAGGAUCGGGUUGGUCUGUUUAAUUUCUGUCAGUUGCCCGUUUUCGGACCCG